GUGCAGCUGUCAAGUAAAAUGGUGCAAACUCUUCUGUUCCUGCUUUUGCUCAAUGCCUCGGCCUGCUGUGGUUUCGGCUUUAAAGGCUGCUCUCAGAACUACCCCAUGACAAACACCAUGUGGUGCUUCAACCAGAACAUUGAUAACCUCUCUGAUGUCAUUAGCAUGCUCCCAGAUAACAUAACAACAAUCAACCUGUCUAUGAACAAGAUCAGAGUUAUCCCAUCUGGAUCAUUCAGUCAGGUGUUUGGGCUCGAAAGCCUGGACCUGAGCCAGAACCAACUGGUUUCUCUAAAAGGAGGAGAAUUCAGAGGCCUGGAUGUUCUGCAUUUUCUCAAUCUCACUUGCAACAACAUCUCAUACAUCCACUCCAAUGGCUUUGAUGGACUCCCCAGCCUGAAAAUCCUGCUUCUGACCCACAACAUGCUUUCAACAUUUUCUCCAAGUCUCUUCAAUUCCCUCCCAGCAAUUAAAGAAAUCAAUCUGUCUCUGAACAAGCUGACGAACUUCAGCUGUGGAGCAUCCUCCACUCUUCAGCAGCUCGAUCUUCUUGCAAACAACAUCCAGAGGGUUAAUGUGAGCUGUUUUCCUGCCCUUGAAUACAUCAGGCUGUCCAACAACUCAAAGCUGGAGCUGCAGGCAGAUGUUUUUGCCUCCAACCCCAGACUGAAUACUCUGCUUUGUAAGGGAGUUAAAGCAGAGAUGCUAAUGGGACUAUCUGCAGAGAAAAAGAAGAAUCUCUCUUGGGUGGAAUUUUCUCUGUUUGUGGAGAAAUCUCCAUUGACUAUCUGUGGAUUGCUGAAAGGAAUGGACAAACUUGAGAGAUUAGAGGUUGACUUAAAAGGAUCCAGGUUACCUCAGGCUAACACCACCCUGCUGGACUGCGCCACUCCACACGUGGUUGUUAUUGCGGAUGCAAACCUCGGGAAUGUGGCCCAGUUGUCGCUGGGGAGGGGGAAAACAAGCAGGCUUUAUCUCAUCAACUGUGGGCUGAAGCAGAUAUCUCGUACCACAUUUGGCGGUUACCAGGGACUGGAAACACUGCAGCUGAAUCAAAAUAAGGUUGUCAUUCAACAGGACACAUUCAAAGGCCUGACCAACCUCACCUUUUUAAGCUUCGACAGGAGCAGAAUUCGUGACAUUGACCCUGAGUGGUUUAUCCCUCUGAAGAAACUGACUCGCCUGUCUCUCAUGAAAAAUGAAAUCACUGAGUUUCCACCAAAUGUAUUCAGUGCCCUUACUACACUGGAGCAGCUCUACCUACAGUUUAACCUGCUAAAAUACAUCUCCAGGAAGCCCUUCAGUAAGCUACGGAGGCUAAAGAAGCUCAACCUCAGUUUGAACAUCAUUGAUUUCAUUGAAGAAGGCUCCUUCCAUGACCUGACAAAGCUCGAAUACCUGGACUUAAGUGGAAACCGCAUCAAGAGGCUGACACCAUCUAUUCUGUAUGGCCUGACGAAUUUGAAGACAAUUGUUCUGUACAACAACCGCCUUCAUUUUAAAUCCUAUGAGAGUCCUUUCAUCAACCUUACUUCUCUGGAGCUUCUGGAGAUGAACUACCAGGGGCCCGGAGGUCGAGGCAUUGGUAACAUUGGACCGCAUUUCUUCCAAGGUCCAAGUCAACUUAUCUCAGUUGCCAUCGGGCACAGCAUCAUGAUCGACUUCCAUCCUGACGCUUUAGUUCCUCUGGUCAAUUUGAAAUACCUGUACAUUGCUGGAGUGGUUAUGAAAACCACCAACCUGAGUGCAGUGUUGUCCCCUCUGAAAACACUGAAGAAGCUGACUCUUUACAGGGCAGACCUUGAUGCUCUGCCUGCUAACCUGCUGCCUCCAGAUAAUACACUGGAAGUUCUCAAAGUCCAGUCAAACCACAUCCACACCAUGGACAAAAUGGUGCUGGAUGCUCUGCCAAGAUUGCUUAUAUUGGACAUUACAGAUAACCCACUUUCCUGUACCUGUGAUAACGUCUGGUUCAAGAGCUGGGCCGUCCACAACACUCAAACCCAGGUGUCCCGCCUAUACAACCUGCAGUGUGACAACAACAGGAGAGCUACCUACCUGUGGCAGUUUGACGAUAAGGCCUGCUCCUAUGAACAGGUUUCCUUCACUCUCUUCAUCGCCUGCUCUGUGGUGGAUAUGCUGUUUGUAUGCGUGUGUCUGGCCUGGCACAAACAGGGCCCUACUUUGCGCUUCCUGCUACUCACCCUUAAGGCAAAACUACGUGGACGUAGGGGCGCAGCAGGAGCCAGAUACCAGUAUGAUGCAUUCAUCUCCUACAGCUCUAAGGAUGAGGCCUGGGUGAUGAAACAGCUGGUGCCCAGUCUAGAGAGGCCAGCUACUGGUGCACAGAGGCUCAGACUGUGCCUCCACCACAGAGACUUCCGCCCCGGUGCUACUGUUCUGGAGAACAUCGAGGCAGCCAUUUACAACUCUCGCCACACCAUCUGUGUAGUGACACGUCACUUCCUGCAAAGCGAGUGGUGCUCUGUGGAGUUUCAGCUGGCAAGUCUGAGGCUUUUAUUUGAUGGCAGUGACGUCCUGCUGCUGGUGUUCCUAGAGGAGAUACCCGAACACUGCCUGUCGCCCUACACACGCUUACGCAGAAUCGUUCAUAAGAAGACCUACCUGAUGUGGCCCGAGGACCCAAAAGAGCAGGACGCUUUCUGGGUCAGACUGAUAGAUGCUUUAAAAGGAAAUGAGGAGGAGGAGGAGGAGGAGGAGGGAGGAAGAGGAGGAGAUGAUGAGUUGGCACGGCUAAUUGGCUAGACCAAAUGGUAAAUAUUUCAACAUGCCCAUAAUUAUCUUUUUACAAACUGCAAAGUGUAUUGAGCAGUGUUUUGGUGAGAUUUUAAUUUCCAGGCUGUAACUUGGUACUUAUAAUUACCAAAUAUUAACCAAAUAAAAUCUAUUUAAUAGGAAAUUAAUAAAAAAAAAAAAACCAAAUAAAAUAUGUAAUGUCAUAUUGUUGUAUUGGAAUGACUUGUAGUUACUGAGUUGUUGUUUUUUUGU